AGCAUGAAUUUCCGUUAAAAUAGGGUAAAUGGAUUGAGUUGUCAGAUGGAUUUUCUAAUGAUUUUUAAGUAACCACAUAGGUGAAUAUAAAAAUGGGAAAAAAAUAGGUAGAUGGAAUAUUAUGUAUAGGGAGCAUUCAAGAUAUAAAUUUCAAUUGAUGUAAAUUAAAAUCAGCAUAAAUUAUUUUUAGUGGUGGGGGAUCAUAUGGGGAUAAAUUAAAUCAGAUAAAACAAGGUAAAUGGGCAGAACUUUAGGAUCAAUUUCAAUUUUUUUCUAAUAUAAUCUAUUAUGGAGAAUUCAAAAACGGGAUAAAAGUUGGCAGAUGGAAUAUUUAUUUUUAAGUAUGUUCUAAUUAUUAAUUCAAAUUUAUGUAAAUUAAUUUAAUUAUAUUUCUUCAGUGGUGGUGGAACAUAUGAUUAUGGUUGCUAAGGAAAAAAAGUAGGUAAAUGGACUUUAUCUAAUAAUGGAUAUUUUUUUGGUUCAUAAAUAACUUUGAACGGAAAAUAUAUGUAUGGGAAGAAAGUUGGUAGAUGGGAUAUUUUCUUUAAACAUUUUGGCUAGGGUUAAGAAUAUGUAAGAAAUCAGUAAAUGUAAAAUAAAAAUAAGGAUAUUUUAUAUUAUUAGAGGUGGAGGUAUAUAUCAAAACAAAGGUGAAGAUGUUAAGGUUGGUUAUUGGAUAGAGUUAUGGGAAAGAUUUGAUAGUAUACAUAAUGUAAUUUUAAAUGGUGAAUAUAAAAUGGUAAAAAGAUUGGUCGAUAGAAUAUAUUGUAUAGUUCUUAUACGGAUUUUCCAUACUAAUAAAUGUAAGCAUUACAAGUUAUUAAAAUAAAUUUAGCGGAGGUGGAUUUUAUGAUGAUCAAGGGGUUGGCAUUAAGAAUGGUAAAUGGAUUGAAUGGCAAAAUGAUUUAAUUGAAAAGAUUCAUGUAAUUUAUAAAGGUGAAUAUAAAUAUGGAAAGAAAAUAGGGCUUUGGGAUAUUCUCACUUAGGACAAUAAAAUUGAUUCUUGGAAAUAAAUGUUUAAAUUAUUAUACUACUUAUUUUGAUUAGAGGUGGUGGAUUAUAUGAUGAAGGAGGUGAAGGGAC